GCUGUGCGUCAGUGCGCACAGGCUCCCCUCAUUUCAAACUCGCUGCAUCUAUCCUUUCCAAGGAAACUCCUCCAGAUUUCAAGAAGCCUUUGGAUUGCUUCGUUUGGAUGUACGGACAAAUAUUACAAGCCAAAAAGAAGGACAGAGGGCGUUCAGGUUGUUUUAUUCGCGCGAAAGGAAGCAAAGCGCCGUUACGCGUCGAUUUAUCCCAUAGUUUUGGAAGCGGCGCUCAGGACGCGCGUAAUGGAUCGAUAGUACAAACUUCUGGGAGUGUUACCAAGCUCUGUGAAACCAAUAGUUUUGUGGAUUAAAGAGAAAAUCGCUAAUCGGUUAUACAGAGCUACACAGAGUUCCAGAUCUUCGUGCGCUGUGAUGGAUGGAGCGGCUGCUUUGAUAUUGAUGGUGCUGCUGGUUUUCUCUGGAGAUGUUUGGAGCGCCUCGUAUCCUCAGCGGUAUAACCUGUACGCGGGCACGCAGACGCAUUCUUUAAACGGGGCGAGGGCUGCGAGCAGACACAGAAACUGGUGUGCGUAUGUGGUGACCAAGACGGUGAGCUGCAUGGUGGAGGAUGGGGUGGAAACUUACGUGAAGCCUGAGUAUCAGCCGUGUUCCUGGGGCGUUCAGUGUGCACGGGUUGUUGUAUACAGGACCUACAUGAGGCCCAAAUACAAGGUGGCUCAUAAAAUGGUAACAGAAAUGGAGUGGAAGUGUUGCCAUGGAUACAGUGGAGAAGACUGCAAUGAGGCACCAAACGGGGGAUCUAACACUCAGAUCUCAACAGUCAGGCCUAAACCCUCACAACCAGGACAAUCUGGAACCGGUAAUGGUCAGGGACAGAGUGGAGGGAAUGGGAGAGGUGACAAUGAAAAAAUGAGACAAAUGGAAGACAAAAUCCAGCGGUUGACCAAAGACCUGAACGACGUGCAGUCAUCACUGCGUGAGAUGAAUGAGAAAAUCCAAGGAAAUAACGGCGGCAAGACGCCAGCCGAUGCGGCCCAACCGGAAAUGAAAGAGACAAUCCAUAACAUUCAGACCAAGCUGGACCAGCUGGAUAACCGGACACAAGCUCACGACAAGACUCUAGACAGCAUCAACAACCAUCUAGUGAACGGGAAAGGAGGCAAUGACGUUGAUGAUGGGGGAAUAGGAGGAAGCAAGUUCAACACUUUAAAGGAGGAGAUCCUCCGAGAACUUGAACGUCGAGUGACGCUAUCCUGUGCCGCCUGUCAGGCUGGAGUGGAGGACCUACGACGGCAACAGCAGCAAGACAGGGAAAGGAUCUCAGCCCUGGAAAAGCAGAUUAGUGCCAUGGACCAACGCCACCGUCAGACACUUGACGGCUUGCGUCGAGACCUUAGUCGGUCUCAAGACUGCUGUGACACGGUCGUGGACCUCAGAGGAAGACUGGAUGACAUAGACAGGAAGACAAGUUCCACGUCAGAAGCCUACGACAAGCUGCAGGAGCGUUUUAACAGGAUAGAAAUUUGGGGUGGUGGACAUUUUGGAGAAGGACAAGAUGGACAAGGACAAGUCCCUAGUUUGGCGGAGGACUUCUUCAAUGAUCAUCUACAAGACCUGGAGAGGCGGCUGAACAACACAGUCCAGAGGACAGAGGAGAACUGUGCUUAUAUGGAAACUAACAUACGGGACUUAGUCCAGAAGGAGAUUAGAAAUCUUCGCAAUGAUUUCAAUAAUCGUAUUAAUGACCAGGCUGACAGAAUUGGUGACAUGGAGAUCGAUAUAGGAAAUGUAAAAGAAACUAUAUUUGAUAUUAAUAAGCACUUGUCUCGGUUGGAGAACACAACAUCCUUUAUAGACAGGAGGUUAAGCGAAUGCUCCGGGUGCUCGGCUUCUGUGCCGAGUUCAGGGGGUGGCAGUCCAAACCCAGAGGACACGGUGAAGUCUUUGGAAUGGAGAGUCAUUGCAAGUGAAGAUGAGAUCAAGAGGUUUGACACAAGACUUAAGGAUCUGUCUGUGUCUGGUGAUUCGCUCGUGGAUAGGGUGAUCAACCUCAGCCACGACGUUCGCAAGAUCAAAGCGCUCACCGGAGAUAACGGAGAGCAUUUCAACAGAAUUGUCGAUGAGAUCGAGAACUGCGAUGUUUGUAGCACGGUCGAAGAUGACCUGAAGAAACUCAAGAACAUCACAAACCAUGCAAUGGAUAGGUGGCAAAAAGAAAUGAACACCAUUAAGGAUAAAUUUGAUUCUGGGCAGACCGGCUGUGCAGAUGUGUGCUCCGGUUUUCAAGAGGAGAUGAAUCAGUUGAGAGAGGACGUACAGAAAUGCAGCAGUCACUGCAAGAUCACAUUGAAUACUCCUACGGGAACUGAUUCGGGAACAGGUCAUCUGGAUGACCCCCAAAAACCACUGGAUGGCCAUAGUGUCAUCAGCAGCAACAACGGUGACCUGAGGUCGAUCCGUGGAGAAUUGUCGGAGGUCAUCUUGACCUUCAGUUCCAUAAAUGACACGUUGAAAGGGCUGGAGCACAUGGUCCAGAAGCACGACAGCGUGGUUACCGAUCUGGGAAACACCAAAGACAAAAUCAUUUCUGAAAUUGACAAGAUCCAGCAGGAAAUGACAGAGCACAUAGAAGACAGCAGGCUACGCUUUGACAACGUGGAUCGAGACGUACGGCGGUUCGUGGUCGAGAUGGGUGACUGCAAAAGGAGCGGCGAUGGUUUGGAUAAGAGGCUUUCCAAACUUGAAGUGGUUUGUGGCCGGCUGGACUCCGUCUCCGACAAUCUGCAGAAGAUCAAAGAUGGCUUGAACAAACACGUGUCUGGCCUGUGGAGCUGUGUCAAUGGACUAAACAACACAGUGACCUCACACAGCGGGUUCAUUGAAAUCCUCCAGAACACACAUCUGGAUGAUAUCCACGGCAAUAUCAAGAGACUAAAUUCCUCAAUGGUCCACAUCCUCAAGGAGUUUCACAGCUUGACUGAGCAAGACUUUUCAGGUUUACCUGGACCACCAGGUCCUAUGGGAGAUACAGGCCCCCCUGGUCCACAAGGGCCUCCAGGAAGGGAUGGACUACAAGGUAGAGAUGGACUUCCAGGUCCAUCAGGCUUACCUGGGCCAAAGGGACCUCCUGGUCUUAGAGGAGAGAAAGGUCAGGAUGGUUCGGAUGCCAAAAUACCUCGUCUGUCUUUCUCAGCUGCUCUUACAAAUCCUAUGGGUGCAGCUGGAACGAUCAUUUUUGAUAAGGCAUUUGUGAAUGAAGGAGACUUUUAUAAUCCACGAACAGGUAUCUUUACUGCACCAGUAGAUGGACGUUACUUCUUUAGCGCCAUCCUGACGGGCCACAAAAAUGAGAAGAUUGAGGCUGUGCUGUCCAAGUCUAACUACGGCAUGGCUCGCGUAGACUCAGCGGGUUACCAGCCAGAAGGCUUGGAAAAACCCAUGGCGGAGACCAAACCUACACCAGGUUCUCUGGCUGUCUUCAACAUCAUCCUACCCCUUCAGCAAGGGGACACAGUCUACAUAGACCUGGUCAUGGGCAAACUGGCUCAUUCGGUGGAGCCCCUAACUAUCUUCAGUGGUAUGCUUCUGUAUGAAAUGUAAUAAGGGUACCAUCGCAACGGAGCACUGAGACUAUUCAGACUCGGAGGACCGGCCAAAACGAUGGGGCUAGGACAGGAUGCUUAAAUGGCUGGGAUAGCGACGCGGAGGGUUUGUCUGCAUUUCAAACCUACGUUUUCAAACCUACGGAUGUUGUUAGACCUCCUAUGAACUCCUUGAACAGACUUAGAAAUGGAGGAACUAUUGCGCCCUUGAUAUGUAAUCCUAACUCGCAUUUCGGAGAAGUGUUGUAACUAAGAAGUGUUGCGGAUUUGUCCGAUGUUUUGAGAUAUUUUCGUGUUAUAUGAAUCACAGACAUGAGUUAUGAAUCAUCUCGCAUACACCGAAGAUGACCAUGAGGUCUGUUUGACUUCCCAUCUAUGCCACUGCACGGUAAAAGUACUCUUCUGCCAAAGAGCUUGACUCACAGUCAGGGUUAGGCUGAUGUGUGUUAUUUGGGGGGUGGGGGGCGUGGGAAAAGAGAUGAUAGAAAUAUUAAUUCGUAUUUUUGCUGUGAAUGAUUUAAUUCCUGUGCACCUUUAUCUUUUUACAGUUUAAAGGGACAUUUCACUUUUUUGAAAAAUAUGCUAAUUUUCCAGCUACCCUAGAGUUAAACAUUUGAUUCUUACCGUUUUGGAAUCCAUUCAGCCGAUCUCCAGGUCUGGCGCUAAAACAUUUAAGCAUAGCUUAGCACAAACCAUUGAAUCUGAUUAGACCAUUAGCAUCACGCUAAAAUAAAUAACCAAAGAGUGUCGAUAUUUUUCCUAUUAAAAACUUGACUCUUCUGUAAUUACCGCGUGUACUAAGACAGACGGAAAAUUAAAAGUUGCUGCUACUGAAAGUAACCAAGGGGACUAUUUUCGGCUGCUGCGUAAUAUCACUACGCCUGCUGCAGCCAUGUUACAGCAGCAAAGUCCUUGAUUAUUACACCAAUUUGAGAGUAUAGUUCCUAGCCAUAUCUGCCUAGAAAAUCACAACUUUUAAUUUUCCGUCGAUCUUAGUACACGAUGUAACUACAUAAGAGUUUUAAAUAGCAAAAAUAUCGAAACUUUAGCACAAUGCUAAUGGUCUAAUCAGAUUAAAUGGAUUGUGCUAAGCUAUGCUAAAAGUGCUACCACCAGAAUCGGAGAUCAGCAGAAUGGAUUCCAAAAUGGUAAAAAUCUAAAGUUUAACUCUAGGGGAGCUGGAAAAUGAGCAUAUUUUCAAAUAAGUGGAGUGUCCCUUUAAGACUUAUAGUAAGGUUACUUACAAUUAAGAGAUUAUCUUUAAAUGUAGAGUAUGUGCUUUAAAUCUGUUUUUUUUUUCUUUUUGAUUUUCGAUAUUACAAGUGCCACAUUUUACAGAAUAGCAUCCUGACGAUGCUUGUGCAAAAUGCUUUUACUUUUAGUUAAGAAACGUUAAAUGCAAUGUGAUGAUGAUGUACAUUAUUGCUCUCCAUGCAAAAUCCCCAGGUGCCUUGAUAAAUACCAGUAUUACAUAACAAAAAAAGAGACAAUCAAAUAUUUUAGUCUCAUCCAUGUUCCUGAAUGCCUGAACCAGUUUUGCAAUGAUUUUGUAAUUGUCGAUAUGCUUUUAUAAACAUCAGAUCUAUAUGAAUGAUGAACAAUUGCAUUUAGCUGUACGUUGCAUAUUUAUACUUCGUGUUAGCUCAGUACAGUUUGGCUUUAAAUUCUGAAUAUGGAUUUCUUUAUUCUUUUGAACACAAUUGAAGCUAUUUUGAUAAAUUGUUGUAAGCACACAGUUGAUGGUACCCAUUGUCUUCCAUAGUAUUUGUUUUUCCUACUAUGCAUGCCAAUGGGUCCCAUCAUUUAUCAAUAUAUUGUCUUUUGUGUUCAACAGAAUGAAAAAACUCAUAUAGGUUUAUAACAACAUGAGGGUAGAAAAUGAUGACAGAAAUUUAAUUUUUGGGUGAACUAUCCCUUUAAUGUGGUUCAAGUGCCUUUGAAAAAUAACUGAAGAUUUUAAGGGGUGUCCUUCAUCAUCCGAUUCUGUCUUGUGUGGUCUCACUUGAAUGUUUACUGUUCAGCGACCCAAAGAAUUUUAAACUAUGCGGCUUUGCUAGAAAACAAAGAUGGAUUGUGUAUGUGUGAAACAGAUACUCGUGUAAUUUCCAUAGCAAAAUCCAUGAAUUUUCUAAACGUUUAUGAUACUUCAAGAUUGUUGAAAAUUAAGGCUGCUAUCUAUACGUGCUUUAAUGUUUCAUUUAAUUACAAUAAGAUUUCCUAGCUUAAAAAUAAAUGCUACUUCAGCAACAAAUAGCAUCUGUUAUAUCUGAUAGACAGACUUUAAAAUCAGUUCCUCCUUUAUGGUUUAACCUGUUACCUUGAAUGUGUACAUUGGCAACACGUGUGUUUCAAAUAAAGAUAUUUAAUUUUACACAAUAUAA